AUGUCAGAUCAUGAAAAUGAAAGAUUACUACUGGAAGAACAAUCCGUUGAGGUGACAUCACCACUCCCAGAAGAACAUGCUCCUAAUGAAGAAGAAGGACCGGUCUCUCCAGUGCCGUCAAAUAGUGAUCCUGAUCCAUUGGAAUUACGUAAAUUGUCAUUAAGUUAUGAUUAUUUAAUGUAUAAAAUUAGUGAUUAUAUCAAUACAUUAACAGAACAAACAUAUCAAGCUGUACUAUCAAAACAAUAUCAAAUCAAUCAAGAAUAUUUAAAUGAUCAAUUGAAAUUAUUUGACAAUUAUGAAAAAAUUGAUGAUUUACUCAAAAUGGUGAAUAAUUUAGAGAUGGAGUUUUUGAAAUUGGAUCAAUUGGAUCAAUUUAUAUUAGAUUUUAAACAAAGAUUAAAUGUCCUAGAAUAUGAAUUUGAUAAACUAUAA